CCGGAGUGCGAUAUUAACCCGGGAGGCGGCGGCGGGGAGGGGAGAGGCUCCGAGAGGCGAGGCCGGGUGCGGCGGCGAGGGCGUCCCAACGGGCGCGGGACGGGACGGGGCAACGCGGGCACCAGGAGCAGCGGCCCGGAGUCGGGGCGCCUUGCCCCGGGCCCCCCAGCAUGAAGACCCCGGCGGACACAGGGUUUGCCUUCCCAGAUUGGGCCUACAAGCCGGAGUCCUCCCCUGGUUCGAGGCAGAUCCAGCUGUGGCACUUUAUCCUGGAGCUGUUACGGAAGGAGGAGUACCAGGGCGUCAUUGCCUGGCAAGGGGACUACGGGGAAUUUGUCAUCAAGGACCCUGAUGAGGUGGCCCGCCUCUGGGGGGUCCGCAAGUGCAAGCCCCAGAUGAACUAUGACAAGCUGAGCCGGGCCCUGCGCUAUUAUUAUAACAAGCGAAUUCUGCACAAGACCAAGGGGAAGCGGUUCACCUACAAGUUCAACUUCAACAAACUGGUGCUGGUUAAUUACCCUUUCAUCGACGUGGGUCUGGCCGGGGGUGCAGUGCCCCAGAGUGCCCCUCCAGUGCCAUCGGGUGGCAGCCAUUUUCGCUUCCCUCCCUCAACGCCCUCCGAGGUGCUGUCCCCCACCGAGGAUCCCCGAUCUCCACCGGCCUGCUCUUCAUCUUCCUCUUCUCUCUUCUCUGCUGUGGUCGCCCGACGUUUGGGCCGAGGCUCAGUCAGUGACUGUAGUGAUGGCACGUCAGAGCUGGAGGAGCCGUUGGGAGAGGACCCCCGGGCACGGCCACCUGGCCCUCCAGAGCUGGGUGCCUUCCGAGGGCCCCCCCUGGCCCGCCUCCCGCAUGACCCUGGUGUCUUCCGUGUCUACCCCCGGCCCCGGGGUGGCCCCGAACCCCUAAGCCCCUUCCCUGUGUCACCUUUGGCUGGGCCUGGCUCCCUUCUACCCCCUCAGCUCUCCCCAGCUCUGCCUAUGACCCCCACCCACCUGGCCUACACACCCUCACCCACGUUGAGUCCUAUGUACCCUAGUGGCGGUGGGGGCCCUAGUGGCUCAGGGGGAGGCUCCCACUUCUCCUUCAGCCCCGAGGACAUGAAACGGUACCUGCAGGCCCACACCCAAAGCGUCUACAACUACCACCUCAGUCCCCGAGCCUUCCUGCACUACCCCGGGCUGGUGGUGCCCCAGCCCCAGCGCCCUGACAAGUGCCCGCUGCCGCCCAUGGCACCCGAGACCCCGCCGGUCCCUUCCUCAGCCUCGUCUUCCUCUUCCUCCUCUUCAUCCCCGUUCAAGUUUAAGCUGCAGCCGCCCCCGCUAGGACGCCGGCAGCGGGCCGCUGGAGAGAAGGCUCCAGCAGGCACUGACAAGUGUAGCGGGAGCCCAGGUGGGCUGGCCGAGGGGGCAGGGGCAUUGGCCCCUCCACCGCCACCGCCCCAGAUCAAGGUGGAGCCCAUCUCAGAAGGCGAGUCCGAGGAGGUGGAGGUGACUGACAUCAGUGACGAGGAUGAGGAAGAUGGGGAGGUGUUCAAGACCCCCCGUGCCCCACCUGCUCCCCCCAAGCCAGAGCCCGGAGAGGCACCUGGGGCGGCCCAGUGCAUGCCCCUUAAACUUCGCUUUAAGCGGCGCUGGAGUGAAGACUGUCGCCUGGAGGGGGGCGGGGGCCUCUCCGGGGGCCCUGAGGAUGAGGGUGAGGACAAGAAGGUGCGUGGGGACACAGGCCCUGGGGAGGCCGGGGGGCCCCUCACCCCACGACGGGUGAGCUCUGACCUCCAGCACGCCACAGCGCAGCUCUCCCUGGAGCAUCAUGAUUCCUGAGAGCUGUGGGCAAGGGCCCCGUGUGCCCCCCCCCUCCCUGAGCUUUUGCUGCCUUAACCCCCUCCCCCCCAAAGCCCUGGAGGUGAGGGCAGCUCCCUCAGUCUCCUCCCUGCCUCCUCCCUUUCUCCUUCCCACAUUUUGUAUAAAACUUUAAAAAAAUUUUUUUUAAUGGUAGGGUGGGUGGGUGCCCAGGGCUAGGGGCUAAUCUCCUUAUCUCUGGGUUUCUAAGUUCUGGGCAAAGUGGUGGUGGGGGGCGGGAGGGGGGUGUUAAGGGGGGGGCACCUCCAUUCUGGGGAUUUCUAUUUGAACAGAGGCUCUGGCCUUGAACACCCAGGAACUUUUUUUUAAAAUUACAAUCGUAGGAAGUAAAGCCUUGUCUCCCUCCCUGUUCUCUGCCUCUUACCUCGUCCUCCCCCCUUCGUACCCCCCCCAGCCCUAACCCUGCCUUCCUUGCCCCUCCAGGGGCUGUGAGUGCCUGGGUUUCUUAUACCCCACAAGGUUGCAGCAGGGGCCAGAGGGACAAUUUUAUAAACCAAAAAUUCUGUGGGGGUGGUGGGGUGGGAGGCAGAGGAAGGUGAGGGGUGCCGCCUAUGGGCCACAAAUCUCUACAAGUGCCUGUUCCCCACUCCACCCCAGUACUGGUCCAGUCCCUUCACACCCACCCCCAGCUGCUCCUAGGUCUGGCCCAUGGGCAGGUGGGUCAGGGGACAGGAAGGGGGUCCCUUAAAACCAAACUGGAAGCCCCUCUCUGCCUCCCAGCUGGGGUCCCAGGGGUGGCCUGGAGGGCUGUGGUCAAGCCUUAUUCUGUAUUGGGAAUGGAGGGUGGGGUGGGACAUAAGGGGGCUGCUGGAGAAUGUAUUCAAAACAAUAAAACUUUGGACCUUU